AUGGAAUCUCUCAAACACAAACUUUCAGAGGUGGUUCAUCACUUCAUCGAUGAAAGUAGUACAUCGGAGGAUCAAGGAACAAGAUUUAAUCAUCAUCAUCAUCACCAUUCACAUCAACAACAACCACACGACCAACAUCAUCUCGCCCAUCACGAAAUGAAUUCAGAAGAUGUUCACCAUCAUCCUUGCGAUCAAUCCACGAGAUUUAACGAAAGCAAUCAUCAUCAUCAGCACCAGGAUUCAUCAGCACCAUCGGAAGAAGAAUACCCACACCAUGAACAUCAUACGAGCCAAUCCACAAGAAUGGAUCAUCAUGAAUCUCCUCAUCGUCAUCAUGAAAAGAAAUGA